AUGGAUUCGUUUCUCUAUGUAACAUGCAUGAAUGAAAGCUAUUCAAAACAUAUUCAAACGACGACUGAACAAAAUUUAAAAGAAAUCGAAGCAGAUGAUCUUCUAUUGAAACAAUUAAAAGUUGAAUUAGAACAACGAUAUACAGCUCUUGAAGAAUUACAACAAAAUGGAACUAAAUAUGAUCAACACGAAGUUGAAAAAGAAUUAGAAGUGUUAGAAAAAUUACAAUGUAAAUAUAAUAAAGUUGAAGCAAAAAGAAAAAAACUUGCCAAACAAAAUUAUGAACAAAUUUCUAAAUUUGUCGACGCUUACGAAACUGGCUUAAGCGCAUUGAAAAGUGAUGUCAAUGAUCGAAGUGUAUUAUCGACAACAAAAGAACAUAACGAUACAUUGACACGGUUAAAUACAUUUCAAAGUGCUGAUUUCGAUACAAGUCAGAUAGAUCCAUUAUUUAAAAAGCGUUUGGAUAAUUAUUGGAAAGAAGGCAGUUCAAUCUAUUAUCGAUAA